CAGUUUCUCUCUGUCUCUCUAAUUUUCUUGUGCCUCACGUUCUUUCCUCAGAAAAACUUGAGUUUUCGGUUCUAUCACAAAUUCACAAUGACUAGUCUGUAUCACAAUUCUGAUCAUCUCACGGCUUCAGGGAAGGACCUGUGGUUGAAUUUCUGUGUACUGGUUGAUGCGGCGGUUAUGUUAUAUGAAGAAGAACAACGCCGUAAGAUUGUCUCCGAAGAAGAAGAAGAGGCACAGCAGAGAAUCUUUUGUCUCUUCCCGAGAAAAACAAGAUCGUCUUUGGUGAAGAGACAACAAAAGCUUAAUGGGGUUUCUACUUCUACUUCUUCAUCGCUUAUCGAUCUUAACCAGUUCCCUACUGAUUCUGAGACAGAACAAAACCAUCUUCAGUUGCUAUCUUCUUCAUGUUUCAUCGCUGAUUCCGAGAUGAAAACCCUACAAAACCCUAGUUCUGAAUCUUGUUCUUCACUCGUACUCUUUGAUUACAAGACGGCUGAGUCCGAGAAGACGGAGACGAAAGACCCACUAAACCGUAAUUUCCCAUGUUCUAUGUCUUUGUGCCUAACGGAGAACACAAGCCGCAAGAGACGUGCUGUGGAACAGAGGAAACGUUCUGGUGGAGUCAAGAAAGCAAAGGUUGCUUGUUCUUCAGGGACGGCGCCAGAGACACCUGAGUGGCUUGUCAAGGUGAUGAGAGACAUGAAAGAAGCUAAAGACGCUAAACUGAUCUUUGAGAAGACACUGUUCGUGACUGAUGUAAACCCAACACAGAACCGUCUCUCAAUGCCUUUCAACAACUUACUCCGCAACGAUUUUUUGACACCAGUAGAGUCCAGAAUCAUAAACGAAGACAUCAACAACAAUAAGAAGAUUGGAGUGGGAGCGAUUCUCGUUGAUCAACGGUGUGAAAAGUGGGGUGUGAUGUUGAAGAGAUGGGAGAUGAAGAAGGAAUCAGGUAAAGGAAGCUGGAAUUACAAUUUGAUUUGUGGGUGGAAUGAUGUCGUUGAGGCUAAUGGAUUGAAAGAGGGCGACAACAUUAGUCUUUGGUCGUUUAGGUGCUGUGAAAUCCUUUGCUUUGCCAUGGAACAGAGUAGCUCUUCCCUUGCUCUCUGUCUCUGCUAAGUACCUUAUGUCUGUUGAGACUAUAUAACUUGGUUGAUCAAUACGCACAGCGAUCUAAUUUCAGGCAAUUCUGGAGAUUUUUUGUCUAGUAACUUCUUGGAAGAGUUUGAUUAAGAAAAUUAGGGUUCCUCUCUAUUAUUAGUAACUUGUUCCUUCUAUUGUUUCAGAUCAUUAUAAUCGUAUCUACUUAGCAUUUUUGACAUGAAUCUGGUUUGUUGUUUGGUCUA